AUGGCGGCUCCUUCUGCUCCCAGCGGACGCUCCGGCAGGCGAGAAGGUCCGGAUUGCCCUUCAGAUCUCGUCGAGGUGAAUGUGCCCGUCGAUCGGGCGAUCCCGUACGGUGGGCUCGUGCCGGCCUCGUCGAAGGCCGCCGCGGCCGGUCGCACGAGUCCGGUGAAGGGAUGCUUGGCCCCAGACGGUCAGUCCGGCUGCAUCGACUGCAUCGAGAAGUCCUCCGGUGAGAAGCCCUCUGGUGCAGUGGUCAAGGCCGGCUGCAUCGACUGCAUCGAGAAGCCCUCUGGUGCGGAUGUGACUAGAGAUGGCGUGCUGAUUCCGGUGGGGAAUGGGUUGUGGCAGCUGCCGGAUGAGGAGGUCCAGUGGGUCCUGUCCCGGAGGAGGGAGGACAUCCCUUCCGAUUUGUUCGGGCCCGACUGCGUCGAGUGGGUCAACGCCGUGAGGGACGAGUUCUUCGAGUACCAGGCUUGGCUGCGAGCUGAGUACGACGCCAAUGACGGGUGCGUCUUUGUGGACGACAAGUUUGUCGCAGAGAUUGUCGCAGAGAGGGAGGAGCACGAACAGUGGAUGUCGAGCUGGUCUGUGCCCAUGACUGAUCGUCUUGAUUUGGUCGACUCGGACUUCAGCGACCGGCUCUCUGACUUCUACGAGGAGGACAGCGAGGAUGAGGUGGAGGUCCAGGAACUCGACACCAACUGA